AACACGAUCCUCAGUUGGGCGCGAGACGUCUUGGUGUUAAGACGUAUGUCGUGUGAUUUGAAAACAGUGUCGAUGUCAGUGAUCAAACAAUAGCAUGCAUUAAGUUUGUGAUUAUUAUGGAAGGAUAAAUUAUUGACGUAUUUCACUGACGAAACCAUCAAUGGCCUGAAAGAAUGUUCCGCACGGCGUCUGUCGAGGGCUCCGGGGUUCGGACGCCGCCCGCGUACGUCCCGCACCCCCCUUACCCUCCACCCCGUUUCUAUCCCCCACGCAUUCGACCCCCUCCCCCGCAGUAUUGCUUCGACGCUGCCCGCUUCGCAUGUGACGCCUCUAAACCCAGAUACCUGGAUGUAGAACGGGAGAGGCUCGUCACCAGAUGGUUGGCUGAAGCCAACGAAGCCCUGGUCCGUAGGGAUCGCCCACCGCGCUACAAGCCAAGAAGCAGCGAGCGGAGGCCUGACUUCCUAGAUCGGAGGCCUAACGCUCCGGAAUGGGCUGACAAUUUCUUGCUCGGAAGACGGAACGGCUCCGUCGAGCCCGAGGAAGAGAGUAGUGAUGUGAUGACGCUUAAGGAUUUCGUAGAUAAGUUUUCCUUGCCUCGUGUCGUGAGGUUUGAAGGAGAGGAUAGGGCUGUGCUUCUAUAUCGGGUGUUGGAAGCGCACCGCAGAGUGGAGGCGGUACCGCUGUCAGGGAAGAAGGGCAAGCUGGUGGGGAAGCCGCUGUACAUCCCUGAUUCAUACGACGGAUGGUUUUCUGCGUGUAGUUGUCGUGGCGGGGCCUUAGCCGCGUCUCGGGGCUCCGUGUCAGCUCUACUGAGGUCCCAGGCCUUCGCCCUCGUGUCCCCACGCGCCAUAUCCGCGUACAGGGCCAGACCGACAUCCGAGAGCGGUCGUGUGGGAGCGCAGUACGAGAGGGCGGCCGCUCGUCCCGGGACUCCACUGCGCCUGGCCGGGGUCUUCGCCGACGGCAGCAAGGCCAAAGCUCCCAAAUACGCCCAGCUGAUCGACCCACAAGGAAAUGAGCUCUUCGUUCCGAUCAACACUAAGGGCGAAAUGUACGAGGUCUGUCCCGAGGAGCUGUCUCCUACUGAAUGGGACACUUCCUCGCCACCAGCUGCCGUCCCGCCGGAGAUAUCAUCACGAGCUCAUCGCCUGCCGCAUCUCCUGAGCCUGUGGAGAUUACCAGCUAGAGUCAGGCUGUUGGCUGGGACCGUACCUAUUGAAAUGGCCCAUGAUGUCGGAGACGACUUACUUCUUCGGGCUGCUAUCACAGAGCCUGUGUUGGUAAUGUGUACUCUACCAGAGUAUAGCUCCUUGCCGUCAAGUCCCAGCAAGCAAGUAGAUCCGAGGUACUAUGCCAAGGAAACUCUACAGCUCUUACCAUUGAACAGCAACAUCAAAGUCCGAAGAACGCAGCUCGGCUUCGAAAACGAGAAGAGAAUGUUUCUUUCCGCGCGACUCCAGAAAGCUCUAACCUUCUGUCAACUGAACGUUGACAACUGGAUCAGGCAGAUUUCCUACGCUAAUUCCACUGUUGCUAGCAAAGCCAAGACAGUGGAAGAACUCAUGAAAGAAGACCACGAACCAGUCAAGUUUGAGAAAGAAAAGAAGUUCACCCUUCAGGGUUUGAAGAUUGAUACGUCUAGAUUAUUCGGCAAAAGUGACAAAGUGUUGAGAGACAUCCCCGACGAAACGGAAGGUUCUAUUAUAUUCUUAAGUAAAAACGAACUGGAGCAUAUGAACUAUGACGUGUACAGCGACGAGGAGGGAAAAGACGAUAAGAGUGACGAGAAACUUGAGACGGAACAGUUCUCUAGCGACAAAAUGCACGUGUUCAGAGAAGACUCUGGACAGAGGAAGAACAAGUGGUUUAAAAAUUUGAAACUACUCAAAAGUACUGAGAAGCUGGAUGACAAAAUAACAGCUAUAGAGAGUAAUGAAAAACAUAGAGACAUUAAGGAUCCGUUUGAUCCCUUGGGUGAGAAACAUAGUUCUAUAGAGCGAUAUCAAGAUAUGGCGAAACUGAUAGAGGAUAGAUUCGGUGUCUUUAGGAAAAACGAUGGAACGGCGGAAAAAAGCCAUUCAUACAAAAGUCUCACUACGUCAUCAUCAGAGAUGGGAACGAGUCAAUGUAGUUCGAGUCAUAAAAAGGUUGUGUUGACGAAAUCCGUAUCAGUACAGACGGGGAUGCCGGACAGUUCAUACACGGAGGAAGAAGAUAGCGGAAUUAAUAUGAAACAUGGACGGAAGAACCUCAGUGUCGACCAAAUAAACUACUGCGGGUCCAUGGAGAGCGACACGAGCUCGGGGAGAAAAUUAAAAUCCCUCGACGAAAAUAUGCUGAAAAAAUCUUCAGCUUCCAAAUCGUCAUCAAAUCUGGAGAGGAGGCAGAGGAUACAGCCAGACCUUAUACCAGAAAAAGCAAUAGUGAAAUCUGAAUCAUACAACCAAAUACAAAGCUGUGAAGAUAUAAAUAUGUUUGGGGCCGGGUCUCUGUACAACGAUAAUGACUUCGAGAUUAAUUACAAGCAACAUUCAUUUAUCACAGAAAAGUUAUGUUCCGAAUUUCACGUAAAAACGAAACGUGUCCUCAGUAAAUCUACAUCAAACUUACUUCAUCCAAAGAAAUGUAAUGAAAAGAAGGAAGCUAGCAACAGUAACAGCAUGCCGACUAAAACAGAAAGAACCAAUGAAAAUGAUAAAUUGGCGAAUUUCAGAAAGAAAAUUGAGAAACCGAGAGCUCCCACGCCUAAGUCCGAGUUGGAAGAAACAUCUCCAGUCGAUAUAUCAGAAGAAGAGCCUCAGAUACAGAAGAAACUAAGGCGAUCGAUAUCCUCAAUACAGAAGAGAAAGUUACCUGUUAUUGAAGAUCUACCUUACGGCCAAGUGGCGGACGCAGUUCAUGUGGAAGAGGAACCAAUCGACACGGACUCCGCAUCAGACAACAUUUACGCAGAGAUUUGUCCUCCCAACAUCAACAAAACCAGCGAAGAUGAAACUUACGAUUACAACGUAGACGUACUAGCAACGGAUCCCGUUAUAUGUAACGUUAAAAAGGAAGUGAUACAUCGCAACGAUGAAAGAGCGAGACAGAUGAUCAAUCAGGAGAACUCGUUCAGACACAUCGAAGUUGUCGUCAUAGAGAAAACGACGGAUUUCGAACUCGACACUUCGAGUAUAACGUCCAGCGAGACUGAUGAUACCGAGAGCAGAAACGAAGUGUCCAUAGUGGAUUCCUGGGAACGGAACCAAAGUACGGAACAGAACAUACACGCGAUCAGGUUAGAAAUAACAAGCAACUUGGAAGAAUAUCCCGUUGAGAACAUUGACAGUGAAGUCAUGAGCAAACAUAACUUGAACUUCAGCAACAGCAUACAUCUGAACGGUAACUAUCCCAACGAGGCCAUCUAUGAUACCUUAAAGUAGUAUAGAACUCACGUUAGAUACGAUCUAGUUAGUGUUACAUACCCUCAUAUCAUGAUUAACUUUUAAUAUAUACCAAUCACCUAAGUGUCAUAUUGUAGAUUAAUAAAUUAAGAGGCUUUUAUUCAGCGCGUUAAACAGUUGCAACUAGAUUAGUAAUGUUUUGUACGAUAUUGAUUUUAUAAUCAAGCUCUCAAGUCGACUGUAACUUCAUAAAAAGUUCCAUAGGAACGGGUCUAAUAGAUCACAAAAUCUUUUUAUCAUUUGUCUUUUCAAAGUUGUACAACUGUUAUUGUACAUUCCAGUUAUUAUGCGAAUUCAAUCUUUAUAUUUGAAAAAAAAAACAAUGUAAGGUCGGUUUUAGACAUAUGUUGUUGACACAAAGUGUCAUGUAAAAUAGUUAAUGCAGUAGCUAUAAAGCUGUAUACAUACUAUGCAGGUAAAACUAUUUUGUGUGAAUUCAUGUCAUAAUAAUAACAUUUUAAUUAAUUUCAUAAACUGUCAAUAUUUUUGUUACACCUUUUUAAUAAUUUCUAUUUUGCAAAACACACAUCUUCAAGUAUUUACAUUGUAUAAGUUUUUCAAUUUAACUUUAAUUCAGCGUUGGAACCUAAAUUGGUGCUGCUCAAGGUGCUCAAUUUAUAUAUUAUAUAAAGCCGAUAUAUUUUUUCCUAUUUUAACUUAGUAGUAAUAAAUAAAUCUAAGUACCAUUAAGGUAUUUUGUAGUAAAUAAUAUGUUGGAUUGUUCCUCAUAGAAAUAUGAAUGGAAGGAACACCUUUGAAGGGCUAUAUAUUUUAAGUCUCACAUAUCACAUGACAAUAUUAUAUAAUUAUUGUAAAUUUGUACCAUAUAGAUUAAUAACCUGUAAUAUAGUUAAGUCGAAUGCUCUCGAGAUAAAUAUAAAAUGAAUAAAAGACGCUUUGAAGAUAAAUAAAAGUUUUUAAGUAUAAUGAUA